AUGGAGAAUAACAGAGGAUCCUCUGAGCUUGGAGUGGAGUCUCAAGUAGGCGUCGAGCUUCAAGUCGGAGUAAACCGCCGUCAUGAGGUAGACCGCGCUGAGGCGGAAACUCGGAAACUGCUACCAUCAACGUCACCAGUGCACUCCAGAACGAACAGUAUCCGAUCCUAUCGCGCAACGGUCUCUAACAAUUCUAGUACAAGCGUCGUGGAGCCUGCCGACAAACGCAAGUUCUCAUGUCGCUUUAUUUGCACCAAUCAUUUUAACACAAAUGCAGACCCACAAUGGAUGCCUUUCACGCUCCGCUGGUACUUCAUCAUCAUCCUCGCCGGGUAUUCCAUCACCUGCGUCGCCGUUAUACUCGUGUUGCAUCAGUAUUCCCAUAAGAGCAACGGGUUGUGUACGGAGGAUUCGGCAAUACCGGGCUGGACGUUCAUACCUACAUUGGUUGCUGUUUUUUACAGACAGUUGAUUGCAAUGGUUUUCGGUGCUGUCAAAAUGACAGAUCCUUUUGCAAGAAUGUCAAAAGCAAGCGAACGUACUCCAGUUGCUCGUUAUACUAUACUGGAGACAACGAAGCCGUGGUGGACAACUCUUGCACAAGGCUUUCAGAAGAGAAGGAAUGGCGGAUCAUGGAAUUGGGUCAUGAUUCUUUCGUCGAGCAUCUAUAUCCUCGCCAUACUUGGAAUCUCGCCUAUGUCUGCUGCGCUACUGAGAUCGAAAGAGGUGCAGCAGAAAAGCUCUGAAGCGGUUGUACAACUGACAAUGCCGAACGGAGCAACGCUACGCCCUCGGUCUGAGAGAAAUACAUAUCUUCAAACUAUGAGCGCCAUGUUCCAAGGUUACAGUACUUCCCCCUGGAUCACUGACGGUUUUGUUAUCUUGCCGUUUUGGCCGGAGAACCCAAACGAUUCUGGCUCACCUUGGGACUCUCGCGUGUCGAAUUCGGGAACCUGGGAGGCAGACACAACCAUUUUCCACAACGAUCUAGUUUGUACCAAACUAAGCAUGAAAAAGAAGGACAUCUAUCUCAGACACGCGCACGAUGACCAAGAAUCAAGGUUAGAGGAUACACUGUAUGCAGCUUUUGUCCUUCUAGACUCCAGCCACGGUUGUCAGUUGAACGUCACUGUCAACGUGACGCGCAACAUAGUCGAAAAAGAUGAACCCUCCCUCCAAUUCGCAAGUACUUGGGUUACCUGGAGCGACAUCGACGAAAUAAUGUUGGGCGAUUCUUACUUACGCAAUGCUACUCUUCGACUGAACGAAGAUUGUCAGGAGACUGAAGUUAUUAUGAUGAGCACUCCAUGGUGGUACUCUCCACUCACUACAACGAUCGACAGAUUUCUGGAAAACAUGACCAUGCUCGCAUAUGCAUGCCACUCGGAAUACAGUAUGGCUACCAUGCCAGUCCGUGCCACAUCUGCAUUAGGAACCUUGGCUGUCGAAUUCGAGGAGGACCUUUUCCAACAAAUGAGCACGCCAAUCCCUUCCACCAUCAGCAACUUACUCGCGCUAAGUAAGAUUUACACAGAUGUUGAGUGGAGUCAGUUUGCACCUCAAAGGCCCUCGGGCCCCUCAGACCAUGUUAUAGUGGGGGGUUAUGCUGCAAUGUUAGGUGCAGCAUAUGAUUUCGAUGUUUCAAAGAUGAUGGCCGAUCCUGAUUUGCCUAUGAUCGCUGCUCUAUUGAGACGUCGAUUCGUCGCUGAAGUUGUUGGUGGUUCUUUCCAAAGCAUGAAGAUCUUAGAAGAGCACCGUACGACUGGCCAUCGAUUCGAAUAUGUCCGGAAAGUCCUAGUCAGUGGACAAGCCGCCUCGACUAUAUGUGCAAUGUUACUCAUAUCAUCAUUUUCCCUUCUGACCGUUCUUUGGGUAAGUCAAGCGAAACGCAAUCUGAACAUAUACCAAGAUCCAAGUACAGUUCUUGGUAUAAGUGUUUGGGGUAGCGGCAACGCAACCACGUUAAGCAAGUUCGCAAAACUUGACCUGGCUGCAAGAAAGGUGUUGAAAGAAGAGCUUGCAGAUCGAACCUUCUAUUCUAGAGAUGGGAGUCUCGACGAAAUCGAAGCUUCUAUCCGGGUCAGCCAUGAAGCAACUAAAAUCUGCAAUUCAGUCACAAUAGCCAUGUCUGCUCUCUUCAACUCGGGCAACAGCUUCUUGGUCAGUGUUUCGGAGGUUCCCCAAACCUUGGAGCUGCGCAAUCUCCCAUUCGUCCGACAAGUAUUAUUGACCACGGAGCAAUCUCUCUGGAAAUAUGACUACAAUAUCACCGGAGAAAGAUCUGCAGACGAAUUCGGAAAUAUAGUGGCUGACAGCCUCUAUGAGUUGGACACAGACUGGAUGUACACGGCCAUGCUACAGACUGCACUAAAGGGCUCGCAACCAGAAUGUGUAGCGGUGGGAACGAGGAAGAGGGGGAUUGCAUUGUCGGAGUAG